AAAGACGUCACCUGCAAUGAAGCCUGCUGCAAAGAAGGCCGCCAUCCCGGACAGCUCCGAUGACGACGAUGAACCUGUGCGGAAGCCGGCGCCGAAGGCAAAGGCGUCACCUGCAAUGAAGCCUGCUGCGAAGAAGGCCGCUAUCCCGGACAGCUCUGACGACGACGAUGAGCCUGUGCGGAAGCCGGCACAAAAGAGGGCAUAUGAUUCUGUGUCGGGUGACGAAGAUGGACCCGUGAAGAAGUCUUCUCGAACAGAAAAGGGAGUAGUCGUGCAACAGUCCAAGGAGUGGAAUGAUAAUAAAGUUGUCGGUGAUCGAAGCAGUAAUGGGAAGGGUGGAAGUGUGUUGCGGCGGUUUCAGCGUAUUGAUCCGACAAAGAUUGUGUUCUUAAAGGACGAGUUAAGAGAUAAUCGGCCGGGUGAUGAGCAUAUGGAGCUUCGUCAAAAUCAGGAGAUGAUGCGGGUAAAGGGCAAAAACUUCAAUAAGCUGAAACAAAAGAAUAAGGCGAAGUUUUAUGCUGCUGGCGUGGAUACGAGUGUUAGGGCAUUUCAGUUUGACGACAGUGAUUAG